AUGAGGAAGAACCCAGCAAUUGAGAUCGUAGGAAGAGUGAAGAAAGUAAAGCUCCGUGAGGAAUUGAAAAAGUAUCCUAACUGCAGUAACUGGUUCCUGAGUGACAGAUAUGCAGCCAAUUCUGGAGAGUGUGGCAAGCUGUGCCGAGUACAGGGAAUCACUGGCAUCAGUCUCAUGAGGGGAAGGUUCAACACUAGUUCCAGAGAAGGCUUCAUUUUGGUGGGUUUCUCAGAUUGACCUCAACUGGAACUUGCUCUUUUUGUCUUUAUUUCAAUUUUCUACUCCCUAACUCUCUUUGGCAAUACCACCAUCAUCACUCUCUCCUGCAUGGAUCAUUGGUUGCAAACACCCAUGUACAUUUUCCUCUGUCAUCUCUCCUUCCUGGACCUCUGCUUUACUACCAGCACUGUGCCCCAGCUUCUGAUCAACCUUCAUGGACACGACCGAACCAUCACCUAUGGAGGGUGUGUGGCCCAGCUCUUCGUCUUCCUCACCCUCACCUCCACUGAGUAUGUGCUCCUGAUGGUGAUGACCUUUGACCGCUAUGCUGCUGUGUGUCGACCACUCUACUACAUGGCCAUUAUGCACCCCUGUCUCUGCCAGACACUGACUGUCAUCUCCUGGGUGGGAGGCUUCAUGAACUCUGCAGUUCAGACAGGCCUUACGAUGGCCAUGCCCCUCUGUGGCCCCCAUCACCUGAACCACUUCUUCUGCGAGAUGCCUGUGCUCCUGAAGCUGGCUUGUGAGGACACACAAGAGACAGAGGUCAAGAUGUUUGUGGCCUGAGUCAUUAUUGUGAUGCUUCCUGCAGUACUAAUCCUAGGCUCCUAUGUACACAUUGCUCAGGCAUUGCUGAGGAUCAACUCAAUUGCUGGACGCAGAAAGGCUUUUGGGACUUGUGGGUCCCACCUCUUGGUGGUUUCCCUUUUUUAUGGUUCAGCCAUCUACACAUACCUUCAACCCAUAAAUAGUUAUUCUCAAAGUGAGGGAAAACUUGUUGCCCUUUUUUAUACUAUAAUUACCCCUAUGCUCAAUCCUCUGAUUUAUACCCUAAGGAACAAGGAUGUGAAGGGGGCUCUGAGGAAGGCACUAUGCAAAGACAGAGACUUAGGAUAGGAGGGGGAAAGGAGGACCAAUAAGAUUGUCUGUAAUAACUCUCAGGUCAUGGAGCCCAUCUUGUUCCUGGGGGGGCAGUUGGUGAGUAGAAAAUAGCCCUUGGUAGGCCUCAGGAUUUUAGCACCUCCUUGUUUGGCAGUUGGAAAUGGGGAUCUCUUGGGGUUCUUUCUAGUUCAAUGUUUUUGAUCAUUUUGCAGGAGGGAGUAAGUAUUGAUCUAUAUCACAGCUUUCCAAAGAAAAGAAGUUGGGAAGUGGGUAUUGUGGCCAUUUUGGAGAGUGUCUGGGUUCUAGGCAAGCCUGAGAGUGAGAGAAGACUUAAUUCUAAAUGAAAUCACCUUUUCUAAGGUCAGUGAUUCCCAACCUGGUGCCAUGUAAGUAUACCCAAAGGCUGAGGACAAGAAUUCACUCCUGCUCUUCUACAAAUUACUUGUGACCCUGACCAUAUUCCUUCACCUCUCAGGGCUCAUUUUGAAGGUUUCUUACAUAACCCUUUUAUGAUUCUUGGAGCAAAUAAAGAGAUCAUGAACAGAGGUACUUAUAUGGGGCAUAUAGAGUCUGAGACAUGGAUGUCAUUUACCUACCUGAAGAAAAAGGUAAAAUCAUUUCAGUGGCACUGAUUGAGUCAAGGGAACCAUCAGCAUCUCAUCAGCUCCACCAAAGAUCCCAUAAAGCUGAGUGGUAUCAUGGACAAGAUAUUUUACGUGCAAGAGAGAAAAGAAUAGAAAA